UUUCAAAGUGUUCGGUACGGGACACAAGUUUUUCGCCUUUAAAUAAACAAAUAGGAUUCCCAGCAAAUAUGUCACUGAAAUACUUACUCAUUGCAUCUGCCAUGCUGAUCGGAUUGUGUGGAGCUGAUGUGUCGGAAAUAAAGGCGGGUAAAGUGGAUCUGCCUUUCAAUGACUUGCUACCACCGCUGCUUGAUGAAGUGAGCACCACGACGACAACGACAACGACGACCACAACGGAGAAGCCAGCCACCACGCUGGCCACAAAGCCAACCAAGAAAUCGUACUACCAGAAGCCAGCUCAGCUGGCCAAGGAGGAUAAGUUGAAGACCAGCGUCAUCAAGCAGGAUGUUCCACAGCUCCCCUUGGAUCUACUGCCACCUUUCGAAGACGAGGUCAAGCCGGCGGAGGACAAGCUCAGGCCAGUGGUGAAUACUACACCAAAACCAGUGGUUAGGAUCUCUCAGCCGGCUGUGCUCAAGGUCACUCCAAAGUCUAUUCCCAAGGUCACCCCGGCGCCUGCUCCACGUCCGCAGUACUCUGCUCAGCCAGCCCCAGCAUCCCGCCCACAAUACUCCGUUCAUCCUGCUCCUCAAGCGGUACACACUCAGCCCGCCCAUGCUCCUGGUUUCGGAAGCGGAUUCCAGUCCCGAUUCUCAAGCUACUUCCUCACCAGUACCCCUCGACCUACGCGCGGUCCCCUGCCCACCAUCACCCCUUUUCCGCGCUUCGUCAGGCUGUAGGAAUCCAUUUAAUUAGAUUAGAUAAGCACCAUUCAAAGGCCGACUCAAAAUAUAAAAUAAAUUAGAUACGACACAACUGA